AUGGCUUCGUCCGACUCUUCUUCACUAUUCCAAUUGAAUCCAGACGUGGAAAUGAGAAACUUUGGUAUUGCUUACUGUAUGGUGGCAGUUUUUCUACCCGCAUUGUUUUUCUUGGUGAUUAAGGCUAUUUACAUGAAAGAUCGAGAAACUCCAAAUAUGACUUUCAAGCUAAUGAACAUCAUCAAUUGUUCUCAACUAACCCAAGGAAUUACUCAUUUUCUUACAGGUCCUAGCCUCAUUUUCCCCAAUAUUGUGACCCGUUACGGAUUUAUCGUAAAUGUAGUCGGGUGCACAAUGAACACAUUCUGGAUUGCUGAUUUCCCUAUGAUCACUCUUCUGGCUGUCAGUCGGGUUUUAGUCUUUACAAACAAAAUAACGACUCAUCGAUUCCCGAAAUUCAUGAAGUUAUUUAUUUUCUUAUCUUGGACCUGGAUAGCAUUCGUUCUUAUCUAUGGCUCAAUCACUCAAAACUUGAUCUUCGUGUCUCCCGGAUGGGAUUAUGAUUUCAGUGUUCCAUACGCAGAACUUUUCUCUGAAUUGGAGAUAUCAUUGAGUCUCUCUUGUCUCACAAUAUCUUACUUGGCCUAUAUUUUCAUGACAUUCUUGAUUUAUAAGAGAAAAAGUCUCAUGAGUUGUGUUCAAACUCGCAAAAAUGAGAUUGCAAUUCUUCUCCAAUCAACAUUUGUAACUACAUAUAUAACAGCAAUGAUCUUUGUCUGGCAUCAAGCUCUGUUUUCAAUGAUUCCUUUUAUUGAUAUGGAGAGUAAAAGGAAUCAGGGAAUUCUGAAUUGUUGCUUAAUUUUUCAUUGUUACGUAAAUCCAACAAUGACAUUGAUCUGUAACAAAUCUGUGAGACAAAUAUGUUUGAGAAUGUUGGGAAUUCGAAACAAAGCAAUUGUCGCUACAAGAACAGAGAACACAUUUACAGCAAUUCAAAUUACAGUAACCAAUGCAAUUUAA